CACAUGGUUUCGAUGAUAAACAGUGGGGAGCGCAAAGCGUAAAAAGAUCCAAGAUGGGCGAAAUAACCGAAUCCGGGAAGAGAACAAAGUUUGAGCAUUUGGUUGUGGACACAUCGGUUUUCAUCAAGAAUGUCCAGCUGCAGAACAUCGCCGAAAACUGCUACACCGUACGAGGCGUGAUACGAGAAAUCAAGCAUGACAGGCAGAUGAAGGCACUGGCGGUGCUACCCUACAACCUAAAGGUGCUGCUGCCCGAUCCGGACGCGCUGGCGAAAGUUAUCGCGUUCGCGAAGAAAACCGGAGACUUUGCGUCGCUUUCGCUCGUCGAUCUGGAAGUGAUCGCGCUGACGUACGAGCUCGAGGCGAGAUACGUCGGGGAGGGACAUCUGCGAACGGAACCAAAGCCGGCUGUCACGUUGACCAACCCGAACGAAUCGCCUGACGAGCUGGGCACCGCAGACAUUGCGGGAUUCUACAAACCGAAGCAGGCGGCGGACCCGGACCAACCCGACAACGAAGAGUCACAAGUUGAGGAACCGCGACACGAUGAUAGCGCUGCCGAUUAUGUUUCUGCUGUAAAGGUUCCCAAAAGCGAUGGUCACCACGAGGAAAAUGGAGAGGAGCAUGGAGAUGAGCAUGAAGAGGAGGAACACGGAGAGGAACUCGGAGGGGAUUCAUCUGAUGAAGAGGACUAUGAUGGCGAUGACAACGUCGACGAUGACGACGAAGGCUGGGUAACGCCAGCCAACAUCGCGCAGGUAAAGCGUGGCUACGGUAUGAACUACCUGGAGGAGGUGCCGUCGUCUGUUGCCUGUAUAACGACCGACUACGCCAUACAGAACGUGCUGAAACAGCUCGGGUUACAGCUGGCAACGAUGGACGGCCGUGUCAUCACCCAGACGCGCACCUACAUUCUGCGCUGCUACGCGUGCUUCAAGACGACACCGGACGCCACGAAGGUGUUCUGCCCGCGUUGCGGCAACCAGACGUUGAAGAAGGUCGCCGUCAGCCUGGACGCGAACGGCCAGCAGGUCAUACACAUCAACAGCCGCCGUCCGCUGACGGCAAAGUACAAGAAUCGGCCGGUGGCCAAGUUCGAUGGCGGCAAGUACGCCACCAAUCCGCUGCUGUAUGAGGACCAGCCGCUGCCGCAGCAGCGUAUCUCGGCCAAAGCACGCAGCAAGACGAACGCGCUGGCAGAAGACUAUACCGCCGGGUAUUCACCGUUCGUGAUGCGCGACGUAGACUCACGCUCGGCGGUGCUGCGCGGUUCCACCAACCUCAAGCAGCGGAUGAGAAAUUUCGAAUACGACAACAAACGGCGCGGCUACAAAAAGUGAUCGCUUCUGCGUGGUGUUUACUUUGCAAUUUAAAAACACACACUCUUAGUGUGAUUCCUUGAUUGUGUAUUUCCUUUGAAUUGUGCAUUAUUAAGUUCAAAGCCCUCCACAAAGCCGAGAAGGGAGAGGGGCAGCGGAUGUUGAUUGGUUUUCUACAGUGCUCUCGGUGUUUCCUUCGAUUGCGGAAGAGGGGAUCAUAAUGAUUGUGUAUAUUUUAUAGCAUUUAAAGUAUGUUUUCGUACAAAACUACCCACUUCUUUGCUACAUUGAUCUUCUACAAAUAAACACAACAGAAAAGCCGACGGCUAACACAUUUA